AUGUAUCAAAUUUCUAAUGACCCAAGCUCGCAUCUUUAUCAUGAUCAAAAUGGCAAUACAGUAGAUGAGGAACAUACGGAAGAAUUAGAUUAUGAAUUAGUAAUAGAUGUAGUACAGACAUCUUAA